CUGGAACCAAGCCAGGGUCGUCUCGUUCUCUUUGUAUAUUCGUCGUACUUGGUCACCCUCUAAUUGACUUCUGUUUCGUGUCGUCUCCUUUCAUCUUCUCGCUUCUCUGUUUUCUCUUUCCGGAUUGAGGAAUUCAUCAAUGGCGAAGGAACUGGCGGAGAAAGCUAAGGAAGCUUUCCUAGAUGACGACUUCGAUGUCGCUGUUGACUUGUACUCCAAAGCCAUUGACUUGGAUCCCUGCGCAGAAUUCUUCGCCGAUCGUGCUCAGGCCAACAUCAAACUCGGAAACUUUACCGAAGCUGUUACAGAUGCAAACAGAGCAAUAGAGUUGGAUCCAAUGCUGACAAAAGCAUACCUAAGAAAGGGAACUGCCUGUAUGAAGCUUGAAGAAUACCGCACCGCUAAAACUGCCCUUGAAAAGGGUGCUUCCAUUGUGCCCAAUGAGCCAAAAUUUAAGAAGCUUAUUGAUGAAUGCGAUUUUCAAAUUACAGAGGAAGAAAAAGAUUUGGUUAAGUCGGGGUCAUCAACUUUGCCUUCUAGCUCUACACCACCAGCAUCAGCAUCCACUGUAUCCCCGGCACCGACUUUGGCGGAACCAGCCAAACCGAAAUACAGACAUGAAUUCUACCAGAAGCCGGAAGAAGUGGUGGUGACAAUUUUCGCAAAAGGGAUACCAAAACAAAACGUUAAUGUCGAGUUUGGAGAACAGAUUCUGAGUGUUGUCAUUGAUGUUCCCGGGGGUGAGGAUGCUUAUCAUUUCCAACCUAGAUUGUUUGGAAAGAUUAUACCGGAUAAGUGUAGAUAUGAAGUACUGUCUACUAAAGUUGAGAUCCGUCUCGCAAAAGCUGAUGUAAUCACUUGGACCUCCCUCGAAUACAGCAAAGCACCAGCGGUUGCAUUGAAACCGAACGUCUCAUCAGCAGCAGCAGCAGCUGUUCCUCAGAGGCCAGCAUACCCGUCUUCUAAGGCGGUAAAAGACUGGGACAAACUUGAAGCGGAAGUAAAGAAAGAGGAGAAGGAAGAGAAGCUGGAUGGGGAUGCAGCUCUUAACAAGUUCUUCCGUGAGAUCUACCAGGGCGCAGACGAGGACAUGAGGCGAGCCAUGAGCAAAUCCUUUGUGGAGUCGAAUGGGACGGUGCUGUCGACGAACUGGAAAGAGGUAGGAACAAAGAAGGUGGAGAGCACUCCUCCUGAUGGCAUGGAGCUCCGGAAAUGGGAGUAUUGAUUGAUCUCCCUCACCCCCUCCCUCAAACACUCAAAACUUAUAACUAUGCUUUCCGUUUCUGUCAUGACCCUUUGUCUUGGUCCCUCUCUCUGUUCGCUGUCGUUUUUUGGUUGUUAAGGUAGUGACAGUCAGUCUGCCCCCAGCAAUGCAAUGUUUUCUUGUCCCAAUAACUAAAGUGUUUGGUUUUGAAGUUAAACCAAGUUUUUUGAAAUUCUUCUUCCGUUGGUCUUUUUUGUGUAGUCUAUGCUUGUUCCCUGAC